AUGUCAAAUUCCAAAUGCGCGCCAGGAAAAAUAAUACCGGAAAAACAUAUCAAUUACAGUUUACAAUUUAAUCAAUGGAUUCUCAAGCCAAUCGGAGCCUGGCCACAAAUAAGUGCAUCAAGUUCAGUGUACAAAAUUAUAAUAUUAUUACAAAUUUUCAUUUGUUUAAGCAUAAUAGCAGUCCCAACAAUACCGUGUUUAUUAUAUGUGUUAUUUGAGGCAAAGAAUAUCCAGCAAAAAUUGAAUCCUAUGAUGCCACUAAUCAACAGAUUUAUGAGCUCGAUGCAUUACUGGGUAUUGCUCAAGCGUAGAAAUGAUAUUCAAAAAUUAAUACAACAUAUGGAGACAGACUGGUGUCUUAUGCAAAGACUCGAUGAACGUGAAGUGAUGUUACAACAUGCCAAGUAUGGCCGUUUCAUUACCAUAAUUUGUGGGAUAAUGCUGCAGGGUGGUUGCCUAUUGUUCAGCUUCGUGCAAUCUAUAAGAACUGUAAUCAUUAUCAUCGGCAAUGAAACAUUUACAACACAUACAAUAUCGUGUCCAAUUUACAGCAAAAUUAUCGAUACGAGAUUUACCCCUAUGAAUGAAAUUGCAUUAAUCCUGCAAAACAUGAUAGUAAUACUAGUAAGUUUUUGUACUGCUGGUGGUUGCAGUUUGGCUGCUGUUUUCGCGAUACAUGCUUGUGGUCAGUUGAACGUGCUGUACAUGUGGCUACAUGAACUAGUUCAAAAUCAGGCGAAGGAAAAUGAUAAAAUUGAGCGAAAACUGGCUGCUAUCAUAGAACAUCAUCUGAGAAUAUUGAGUUUUAUAUCGCAAGUGGAAAGUAUUACGCAUAAAGCCGCUUUUGUGCAAUUAACGGGGUGCACGGUAAUCAUGUCUUUGCUUGGAUAUUAUACUGUUACGGGUUGGGAAACACUUGAUACAGGAAAAAUAACAUCUUCCCUUACAGUGUAUUUAUCAAUGAGUUUCAACAUUUUCAUAUUUUGCUACAUCGGGGAGAUUGUUACAGAACAGUGCAAAUAUGUAGGAGAAACGGCAUAUAUGACUGAUUGGUAUAAUCUACAUCACAAAACUGCACGUGAUCUUGUUUUGAUUAUUGCCCGAUCAAAUAACGUAAUUAAAAUCACCGCAGGAAAAUUAAUCCAUUUAUCUGUUCCAACUUUUGGUGAUGUAAUUAAAACUUCUGUGGUAUAUUUAAAUCUCUUAAGAACAAUGACUCUGUGA